AAUUAUUACAAAUCAUCGUAUUCGUCUCUCUCUCUCUCUGUCUCUCGUUAUUUCCACCGUCCUCCUCUUCCUUUGCAUCUCUUCUUUCUCGUCCUCCUCCACCAAAUUCGAUUAGCGAAUCCUUCGCCUUAGAUUAUUAUUAUUAUUAUUUUGAACUCUUUGUCAUCACUUAUCUCCGCCCAAUUUUGCAGAAAACAGCUUUCGAAGAUCAAAGGAGUGAUGAAUCGUGCCAAGGUUCAGCGUCGUGUUGGUAAGUAUGAGGUUGGGAAAACGCUUGGACAAGGCACUUUCGCCAAAGUGAGGUGUGCUGUUGAUACCGAGACUGGAGAACGCGUGGCUCUCAAGAUCCUUGAUAAAGAGAAGGUUCUCAAGCAUAAGAUGGCUGAACAGAUAAGGAGAGAAAUUUCUACUAUGAAGUUGAUUAACCAUCCUAAUGUUGUGCGGCUUUAUGAGGUUCUGGGGAGCAAGACAAAGAUCUAUAUUGUCCUAGAGUUCGUCACUGGUGGAGAGCUUUUUGACAAAAUUGUACAUGAUGGGCGCCUGAAAGAAGAGAACGCACGGAAGUAUUUUCAGCAGCUUAUCAAUGCUGUUGAUUACUGCCAUAGCAGAGGAGUCUACCACAGGGACUUAAAGCCAGAAAACUUGCUUCUAGAUGCUCAAGGAAAUCUGAAAGUCUCUGAUUUUGGAUUGAGUGCCUUGUCUCGACAAGUCAGGGGUGAUGGUCUUCUUCACACUGCAUGCGGGACUCCAAACUAUGCUGCUCCUGAGGUUCUUAAUGAUCAAGGCUAUGAUGGGGCCACUGCAGACUUGUGGUCCUGUGGAGUGAUACUCUUUGUACUACUUGCUGGCUACUUGCCUUUUGAAGAUCCUAAUCUCAUGACGCUGUAUAAACUGAUAAUAGCUGGUGAAUAUCAUUGUCCUCCUUGGCUCUCUCCUGGUGCUAAGAACCUGAUUGUUCGAAUCCUGGAUCCUAACCCUGUGACUGUAAGUUAUUUCAGUUUAUUAAUGCUUUCAGGUUUAAGUCAAUCCUUCUUUUGUUUUCUUCUGUCGAACCCA